CGAAACGUUGAAGUCUAGAUUUUGUGUUCUUUAAAUUUUAAUCGUAAAAGUAAUUUCUAGAAUGAAUUCACUUCCUGAUGAAAUGCUAGAAAAUGUUCUGGCCCAUGUAAAUGUUGUAGAUCUUUUCAAAUCAUGUGUGUUUGUUUGCAAAAAAUGGUACAAGAUUAUCUGUAAUCAAAAGUUUGUUAGAUGGAAAAAAUUAUAUGCCAUUUACUCUGUCCAAAAUAGCAAAAUUUCAAGAGCAGCUCUGAAUGACAUUUGCAUCAGUCAAAAUAUAACUAGAAAAGAAAACUGCCUCUCAGGCCUGAUAAAUUACCUUACAGGGUCUUGUGAUACCCAAUGCCUUACUAUGAGGUACCUACGGUGCCAUCCUCUCUUUAGCCUAGCGGAAAAACUAAUAAUAGAGCAAGGGCAAGAAUUGUCAGUUUGGAGAGUGACCACAGUGAUAUGUAUAAUUGCAAAGGAAGCAUGGGAGGUGUACAGCUUAUUGAACUUUUUAACUCACGCAAGAAGUGACUGCACUAUAAUGGAGGCAACUGAAAAAUUUUACUGUGUAUGCACCUUCUUGCUCUACUUCACAAGAGAAUUUCAAAUUCCAGCAAAGCUGCAUUACAAUUUGCGAUAUGCCCUCAACCUAUAUGAAACUGGCUGGAGCAUCCGUAGCGAGGGAAACCAGUCUGUCCCCGCUUUAACUCCCGAACAAUCACGGAUUGUGAAUCAUCGAAUAGAAAGAAACCAUUUGAUCAAGAUUGUUGCAUUUGCUGGCAGUGGGAAGACAACUACCCUUCUACGACUUACAGAACGUGUCUACAAAGAGAACCCCCAUUUUAGAUUUUUGUUGGUAGUGUACAAUCGUGCAGUAUCUGAUGAAGCUAGCGGGAAAUUUCCAAACAACGUCGUUUGCAGAACCAUUCAUCAGCUGGCGUAUCGCCAUAUCGUUGGUCAAGGCCUCUUGAAAAAAAAAACAACGGGCAGCAUCUUCCCAACAAGUUUGAUUGACAGUGGGAUACUUAACGAUCGGCGUGGCAUGAGACGAUAUCAACGAGAAAAAUUGGUUAUUGAUACUCUUCAUCGCUUCUGGGGAUCAGCCGAUGAUUCAAUAACAGUUGAUCACACGCCUGUAAAAGUAACCAACAAUGUGUUAUCCCAAGAUAGUCCAGUCGACCAACCUGUCAGGGAAAAUAUUCUUUCCGGCGAAGAACGUAAAAUGUUAGCCGUCGAUGCUAAAAAGGUGUGGUCUGCCUUAAAAAACCCAAACGAUGACAGAUUGAAAUUACCCUGCGAUGCCUAUCUUAAAAUUUGGCAGUUGCAGAAACCCAAUUUGUUUGAAAGUGAAGAAGUUGAUUGUGUGAUGGUAGACGAGGGGCAAGAUAUGAGUGGAGCCAUGCUUGACAUUUUUCUACGUCAUCCUGGCCCUCGGAUUAUCGUCGGUGAUCCACACCAGCAAAUCUACCGUUGGCGGUAUGCCGUGAAUGCUCUGACUAAAGUUCCUGCUACUCACACAUUUUACUUGACGCAGUCUUUUCGAUUCGGGCCGGAAAUAGGUUUUAUGGCAAAUUCGUGCUUAAGUGUCUUAAAUAAUGUCAACGACAAGUGCUUGGUGGGUAUAAAUGUGCGGGAUAGGUUAAACAGUGCCACUCAUCCAUUGGAUAUGGCACUCAGAAGUGGUAGACAGUUUUGCUUCCUCGCUAGGACCAACUUGACCCUUUUCAAAAAAGCGGUCCAGGUUCUGGGUUGUGACGUUGUUGGUAAUUCUCAGAAACCAAAACCGAAAAUCGCGUUUGCAGGGGGAUUAAAAGCUAUGAAUUUGGAUCUGUUGCUCGACAUUAAUCAUCUACGACGAGGAGCCUUUGAAAAAAUUGUAAGUCCAUUUCUUCGCAACCGUCGAUUGUUUGGCAACUAUUCAGCCUUUAUCAAAUACGUGGAAACAACAAUGGACAUGGAAUGGGGAGCCAGAAUUGCCCAAGUGAAUUGGUCAGGAAGCAACACUGAGAAGUAUGUCGAGGCCAUCAGAAGUGCUAACGUCCACAUUUCCGAAGCAGAUGUGGUUUUUUCUACUGCACACAAGUCCAAAGGAAUGGAAUGGGACACAGUUGCGUUGCUGGACGACUUUGUUCCAACCCUUUUUUGUUGCGAAGUCACGGAAGAAGAGCAGGAGGAGCGUAAUUUACUCUACGUGGCUGUUACGCGGGCCAAACGUAACCUUGUUAUCAACCCUGCCUGCUAUUACACUCUGUUGGCAGUUGGCGAUCGUCAAGAAAGCAUAGUUGAUACAAUCACUUACACCGACAUUCAUGGUCCGUCUCUCACUUGUGCUCGUUGCCAUCAUAUCUUGCCUGGAAAGUGUAAGGCAAGAUCAGCCUCGCUCAGUACAACUCCUCUGGUACUUAUGACGAUAAGGAAUCAGCCAGUAUUUGCUACCACUGCAGGUAUUUUGUGUGCUGCAUGUGCUGGGCUACAUUGUUACAUGUUCCAAAGGUACGAGUGUUAUGCCCACGAACUGCCCCAACUCCGAGUUAGGGAAGACAGAGGACAUCUAACCUUUCGCUUCCUGGUAGGCCCGUGCGCUGACGAAAAUCAUUUAGCGGAAGCCUAUUAUGCAGAGCAGUAUGCGUUGAUGAAGGAUGGCUUCAUCAAUGCAGGACGUUUGUUGCAAGGUCCACCUAUUGUGGUGAAUAAUAACAAUGCCUUGCAACAGAUACACCAAGUUGCAGUCAUAGAGGCUGUGGUUGACAACAAUUUGGUGCAACCCGUACCACCAAACUUGGAUCGACAAGAUCUGGUUGUGAAUGCAUUUCCCGAUGACGACGACAUGUUCCUGGAAGUUGAAGCAGAGCAUUUACCGCAACCUGAAAUCCCAGACGAGGGCGAUGCUCAUCGGGAUUUAUUGAUUCAUCGCCUUUCCCAAUAAAAUGCAGCAUUUUUUGGAUUCAACAUCAAACUUUUACGGUAUCAAUUCAAAAAUAUUUUAAUACAAAUUUUU